AUGGACUUUGACCAUUAUGUUGCCAGUGGUCCUUGCCCAGCGGGCCCUGAUGGCUGCCCUGUUUUUACUCCUGAACUCGUUCUUAGGCACUGGUCUGAGCAGAGGCCACUGAAUGCUCAUCCCCUCAAUCACACCCCACCCCCAUUCAAGUUCUGUAACCUCCAGAAGCCCCCGCAAUCAGGACGUCCAGAAGACUUCAUCUUCAAACUGAUCCUGAAGCUGUCUUCUUCAGUCCACAGACAUCUAUGUGCUGAAGUCAAGUUUUUCUGUGAAACUCCAGCGAUCGCUGACAUCGUGAUCCUGGUGGAUGGUUCCUGGAGCAUUGGAAGAUUCAACUUCAGACUGGUUCGGCUUUUCUUGGAGAACCUGGUUACAGCAUUCAAUGUGGGCUCGGAGAAGACACGGAUUGGUCUUGCCCAGUAUAGCGGUGACCCCAGAAUAGAAUGGCACCUGAAUGCCUUUAGCACAAAAGAUGAGGUCAUCGAAGCUGUCCGAAACCUACCAUACAAGGGAGGAAAUACACUAACAGGUCUUGCCUUGAACUACAUUUUUGAAAACAGCUUUAAACCGGAAGCAGGAGCAAGGACUGGAGUGUCCAAAAUUGGCAUUUUAAUCACAGAUGGCAAGUCCCAAGAUGACAUUAUCCCACCUUCCAGAAACCUCCGUGAAUCUGGUGUGGAAUUGUUUGCCAUAGGGGUGAAGAACGCGGACGAGAAUGAGCUGCGGGAGAUUGCCUCUGAGCCAGACAGCACUCACGUGUACAACGUCGCCGAGUUUGACCUGAUGCACACGGUUGUGGAGAGCCUCACGAGGACCGUCUGCUCCGGGGUGGAAGAACAGGACAGGGAGAUCAAAGCGUCAGCCCUUGCCACCAGUGGGCCGCCUACACAGCUGAUUACUUCUGAAGUCACUGCCAGGAGCUUUAUGGUUAACUGGACUCAUGCCCCAGGAAAAGUGGAAAAAUACAGAGUCGUGUAUUAUCCUGCCAGGGGUGGAAAACCAGACGAGGUGGUGGUGGAUGGAAGCGUAUCUUCUACAGUGUUGAAAAACUUAAUGUCUUUGACUGAAUAUCAGAUAGCUGUCUUCGCAAUAUAUGCUCACACAGCUAGUGAAGGCCUGCAGGGGACUGAAACCACACUGGCUUUACCCAUGGCUUCUGACCUUGAACUGUACGACGUGACUGAGAAUAGUCUGAGGGUAAGAUGGAACGCAGUGCCCGGAGCCUCAGGAUACCUGAUCCUCUAUGCUCCUCUCACAGAGGGUCUGGCUGGGGAUGAAAAAGAGAUGAAAAUUGGAGAGACCCACACCGAUAUUGAAUUGCAUGGGUUGUUGCCCAAUACAGAAUACACAGUUACAGUGUACGCUAUGUUUGGGGAAGAGGCCAGCGAUCCUGUUACAGGCCAAGAAACGACAUUGCCUUUAAGUCCACCAAGAAACCUGAGAAUCUCCAAUGUUGGCUCUAACAGCGCUCGGUUAGCCUGGGAUCCAACUUCAAGAAAGGUCACUGGUUAUCGAAUUGUGUAUAACAACGCUGAUGGGACUGAAAUUAAUGAGGUUGAAGUUGACCCCGUUACGACGUUCCCUCUGAAGGGCUUGACGCCCCUCACGGAGUACACGGUCGCCAUUUUCUCUAUCUAUGAUGAAGGGCAGUCAGAGCCUCUGACUGGAAUUUUUAACACAGAGGAAGUUCCAGCCCAGCAAUACUUGGAAAUUGAUGAGGUGACGACAGAUAGUUUCAGAGUGACCUGGCAUCCCCUCUCGGCUGAUGAAGGGCAGCACAAGUUGAUGUGGAUUCCAGUCUAUGGAGGGAAGACCGAAGAAGUUAUCCUAAAAGAAGACCAAGACUCACAUAUUAUUGAAGGCCUGGAGCCAGGCACCGAGUAUGAAGUCUCGUUGUUGGCUGUCCUGGAUGAUGGAAGCGAGAGUGAGGUGGUGACCGCUGUAGGGACCACGCUUGACGGUAUUUGGACAGAACCAGCUACUACCAUUGUCCCCACUACACCUGUGACAACAGCACCAGUUUUCCGGACAGGAAUCAGAAACCUGGUUGUAGAUGAUGAGACCACUUCUAGCCUGCGGGUAAAAUGGGACAUUUCAGACAGCAGUGUGCAGCAGUUCAGGGUGACCUACCUGACUGCUCAAGGGGACCACGCGGAGGAAGUGGUGAUGGUGCCUGGAAGCCAGAACGAUCUCCUUCUGAAGGCUCUGCUUCCCAAUACCGAGUACAAAGUCACGGUGACUCCCAUCUAUGAUGAUGGAGACGGCGUCAGCGUCUCUGCCCCUGGGAAGACCUUGCCGCCCUCUGGUCCCCAAAACCUGCGGGUCUCAGAAGAAUGGUAUAACAGGUUGCGCAUUACAUGGGAUCCUCCGUCCUCCCCUGUAAAGGGCUAUAGGAUUGUCUACAAACCUGUUAGUGUUGCUGGCCCAACUCUGGAAACGUUUGUGGGAUCUGGCAUUAACACCAUUCUUAUCACAAACCUCCUCAGCGGAAUGGACUACAAUGUGAAAAUCUUUGCCUCCCAGGCCUCAGGCUUCAGCGACGCUCUGACAGGCGUGGUGAAAACACUGUUUUUGGGUGUGACCAAUCUUCAAACAGACCAGGUUCAAAUGACCAGCUUGUGUGCCCGAUGGCAGGUGCAUCGCCAUGCCACUGCCUACAGAGUGGUUAUCGAAUCGCUCCAGGACACAAAAAAGCAAGAAUCCACUGUGAGCGGAGGGACAACCAGGCAUUGCUUCUAUGGACUUCAGCCUGAUUCAGAAUAUAAAAUCAGUGUUUACACAAAACUUCAGGAGAUUGAGGGACCCAGCGUGAGCAUAAUGGAAAAAACACAAUCGCUUCCUACUGAGCCACCUACUUUUCCUCCGACCAUUCCACCAGCAAAAGAAGUAUGUAGAGCUGCCAAGGCAGACCUGGUGUUUAUGGUGGAUGGAUCCUGGAGUAUUGGAGAUGAAAAUUUCAAUAAGAUCAUUAACUUUCUGUAUAGCACUGUUGGAGCCCUGAACAAGAUCGGUGCAGAUGGAACUCAAGUUGCAAUGGUUCAGUUCACUGAUGACCCCAGAACAGAAUUUAAACUAAAUGCCUACCAAACCAAAGAGACCCUUCUUGAUGCAAUUAAACACAUUUCAUACAAAGGAGGAAAUACCAAAACAGGAAAAGCAAUCAAGCAUGUCCGAGACAAUCUGUUUACUACACAGGCAGGUACCAGAAGAGGCAUCCCAAAGGUCAUCGUGGUCAUAACUGAUGGCAGAUCGCAAGAUGAUGUGAACAAAAUCUCUGGGGAGAUGCAAUCAAAUGGCUACAGCAUCUUUGCCGUCGGGGUGGCCGAUGCGGAUUACUCUGAGCUCGUGAGCAUCGGCAGCAAGCCCAGCUCGCGGCACGUCUUCUUCGUGGACGACUUUGACGCCUUUAAGAAAAUUGAAGACGAGUUGAUUACUUUUGUCUGUGAAACCGCAUCAGCAACCUGCCCGCUGGUGUACAAGGAUGGCAUUGAUCUUGCAGGAUUUAAGAUGAUGGAAAUGUUUGGUUUGGUUGAAAAGGACUUUUCAUCUGUGGAAGGGGUUUCUAUGGAGCCUGGUACCUUCAAUGUGUAUCCCUGUUACCGAAUUCAUAAAGAUGCCUUGGUUUCUCAGCCAACUAAGUAUUUGCAUCCAGAAGGAUUACCCUCUGACUACACAAUGAGUUUUCUAUUCCGUAUUCUUCCUGAUACUCCAGAGGAGCCAUUUGCUCUUUGGGAGAUUUUAAAUAAAAAUUCUGACCCAUUGGUUGGAGUCAUUUUGGAUAAUGGUGGUAAAACCUUAACAUAUUUCAACUAUGACUACACUGGGGAUUUUCAAACGGUUACAUUUGAAGGACCUGAAAUUAGGAAAAUUUUCCAUGGCAGCUUUCACAAGAUACACAUUGUUGUCAGCAAGACUUUGGUCCAAGUGGUGAUUGACUGCAAGCACGUGGCUGAGAAGGCAAUAAAUGCCUCAGCUAAUAUCACGUCAGAUGGUGUUGAAGUCCUGGGGCGAAUGGUCAGGUCAAGGGGACCAAACGGAAACUCUGCACCACUCCAGUUACAGAUGUUUGAUAUUAUUUGUUCCACUUCAUGGGCCGGUAAAGACAAAUGCUGUGAACUUCCAGGCCUGAGGGAUGAGGAAACCUGCCCAGAGCUACCACAUUCCUGCUCCUGUUCUGAAGUCAAUACAGGGACUCUGGGACCAGCAGGCCCCCCAGGUGGUCCAGGACUCCGAGGACCGAAGGGCCAACGAGGUGAACAGGGUCCAAAGGGACCAGAGGGCCCUCGGGGUGAAAUAGGCCUUCCAGGACCUCAGGGUCCCCCCGGACCCCAAGGACCAAGUGGUCUGUCCAUUCAGGGAAUGCCUGGAAUGCCUGGAGCCAAAGGAGAAAAAGGAGAGACUGGCCUUCCUGGCCCACAGGGUGUCCCAGGAGGCAUUGGCUCACCAGGACGUGAUGGCUCUCCAGGCCAGAGGGGCUUUCCUGGAAAAGAUGGGUCCUCUGGCCCUCCAGGACCACCUGGGCCAAUUGGCAUUCCCGGAGCCCCUGGAGUCCCAGGAAUCACAGGAAGCAUGGGACCUCAAGGUGCCCUAGGGCCCCCUGGUAUCCCAGGAGCGAAGGGAGAACGAGGAGAAAGAGGCGAUCUGCAGUCUCAGGCCAUGGUCCGAGCAGUGGCGCGGCAGGUGUGCGAGCAGCUCAUCCAGAGUCACAUGGCCAGAUACACAGCCAUCCUCAACCAGAUUCCCAGCCAAUCCUCAUCAAUCCGGACCAUCCAGGGACCUCCUGGGGAGCCUGGCAGACCGGGCUCCCCUGGAGCGCCUGGUGAGCAAGGACCCCCAGGGACCCCAGGCUUCCCCGGAAAUGCAGGCGUGCCAGGGACCCCGGGAGAAAGAGGUCUAACUGGUAUCAAAGGAGAGAAAGGAAACCCAGGUGUUGGAACCCAAGGUCCAAGAGGCCCCCCUGGACCAGCAGGACCUUCGGGGGAAAGUCGGCCAGGAAGCCCUGGGCCCCCCGGCUCUCCUGGGCCCAGGGGUCCACCGGGUCACCUGGGGGUGCCUGGACCACAAGGUCCUUCUGGCCAGCCUGGAUACUGCGACCCCUCUUCGUGUUCUGCCUACGGAGUAGGAGCUCCUCAUCCUGAUCAACCAGAAUUCACUCCCGUCCAAGAUGAGCUAGAAGCCAUGGAACUGUGGGGCUCGGGGAUCUGAUGGCCUCCGGAGAAAUAUGAAGACCAACUGCAAGAACUCUCCGAGAAACUUAUUCAAGAAGAAUGUCAUGAUGUGGUUUGUAUGCUACCUUUUGGGGGCUUGUUUCAUCACCCUGAAUCUCCUUGGAUAUUGCUAAUAUGGUCAUCAUUAAUGAAAACUUACAUUUAAAAAGUUCCCUUCAUCUAUGACACCACAGGAUUUAUUUCCCUCUGUUAUUUUAAUGGCAUGUCAGAUGAUUUGUUUUGCCAGAGAAGAGUGCUCAAAGAAAAAUUGGCCCAAAAAAACCCCUCUGGAAUCUUUUCUGUGUUAGAUGAUCUCAAGUCCUAAAAUGUAUCAAGACAGCUAUGAUUGUAUUCAAAGGAAACAGAAAAAGAAUUUAAAGAGAUUCAAAGAUUAUGCUCUAUCUCCUAUAGACUUGCUAAAAAGAAAAAGGGAUAUUAUUGGAGAAACUACCUCUUGAUUAACUGAUCUGCCCGCCUCUGAGUUUACUUGGUAACUUGUUUCACUGGGAUCUAAGAAUAUAGUUAGAAUAUAACCUUUCGGUUAUAUAGAAUAUAGCUUUCGGUCUUCAGUGGUUUUGACAUGUAAAAUAAUGACUUGCCACCAGACCUGGUGCAAGGAGGUCCAACUUUGAUGAACAGUUUAUCCGGCACCAUUCCAAGGCUUGCCCUCUUUAUCUACAUGGAUUACUCUGUACAUGCAGAUAAGUUUUUGCAAACCCAUUCCCAUUCUCUUUUAUAAGCAAAUAAAAUUUUAAAACAACA